AUGGCGAGAACUCAAGUGACCUCAGUUUUGUGUUUGUACCCGUUAUUAUUAACAAGUAUGACUACAUUCUGUGCGAACCUUGACGGUAGCAGCAAAACAGGCCAGACUGGUGUAAGUGUUGGAUAACAAUGUACAUAUUGCAGAUCUUUAAAGCAAUUUCUGCGAUGGCAGAUUCCCGCAGUUGUUAUGGGAAGCUUCCUUAAACAAUAGCAUUAUAAAGAGAUAAAUAAAACAUUUGUGUAAUGAGGGUUCGAUCCGUUUCACUCUUUUCAAUUGUAUCACCAGUCUACUCGCCUAUGUUAUGGCGGCAUUCCAGGCAUACAUGGCAAGCCAGGUACGCCUGGGCCACCAGGCCGCGACGGCCGUGACGGACGAGACGGAGCCAAAGGAGACCAGGGAAUUGCGGGGAUUGUUGGCCCCCAGGGUCUUCCUGGUGUCAUAGGUCCCGCUGGUGCAACUGGAAAGGAUGGUGCUAAGGGAGAACUUGGCGCCCAGGGUCCUCCCGGUCAAAAGGGGGAGCGCGGAGAGCCUGGAAAUCCCGGUAUGAUGCCUUUCAAGAACUGGAAAGAGUGUGCUUGGAAAAACGUGAACGAUGACAGAGACAAUGGAUUAAUCAAGGUCUGUGUUAUGAUCAUCUAUGGUGAUGGUGUCUAUGGCAUGUUGGUGUCACUCGAGUAUCAGCCCCCCCCCCCCCCCCCCCCCCCCCCCCCCCCCCCCAAAACACCAAAACCUCCCAACAACAUAAAUAAAAAAAAAGAUAGACAAUUAGAAUAUAUAAAAACAAAACAAAAAAAUCAAACCCAAAAAUAUACCGUAUUUUUGUUGAACAUAAAAAAAAAAAAAAAAAAAACCCGGAUGGGGGCUUUUAAAGACUGGGAAGAGGGGGUUUUGGAAAACGGGAGAACUGGAAGAGAAAUAGGGUGUAUAAAGGGUUUUGUGUAGAUCGUGUAUGGGGUGGGGGUCUAUGGCCCGUUUGUGUCACUCUGGGAUAAGCCCCCGCCCCCCCCCCCCCCCCCCCCUCUUUCAGAAAAAAAACCCUAUUUUGCGGAAAAAUUUGCAUAAAUGGCAAGUUGUCGUCAGUAAUAUUCAAAGUAAUCACCUACAUCCUGAAACUGUCCUUUACCGUUUAUCGAAGUAGAAGUAAUAAAAGCAGUAAGAUAGACAAAUAAAAAAAAUUAAUUAAUAGAUAAAUCAUCACACAUAAACAGAUAAAUCAACUUAGUAUUGGCGAAUGUACACUGUGGUUUUUCGUCAACAAUUCCGAAUCGAAUUGAAUUUGAAAUUGUUCGUUUUUGAGGACAGGAGAAAAACCGAAGUGUCAGAAAAAAACGUCUCAGGGCAAGGGUGGAAACCAAAAACAAACUUAAGCAAAAUAUGCCUUGGCGCCACUUCAGAGGGGUUCGAGUCUAGGCCGCAUUGGUCUGAGGCGAAUGCUCUCACCACUUUACCACCCUUGCUGACCCUCUGAAUUAUUUCCUUUUUACAGCAAUACAGCAGAUCUGUAUGAGUAUUUACAAUGGUGAGACGAAAGCGAGCCAUUGUAAAUGUCCAUACAAAUUGGGCCCGAAUAUUGUAUCGAAAUGAAACGAUAAGUGAAGAUCUGAAUCAAAAGUGAGUGAAUUCUAAUAGCUGGCCAAUAGUUUCAAAUGUUUAAUCUCCUUUUUAUAAUUUAUCAUCCCACUUGAUUUGUAUCAAGAUCAACAGAGGCAUGCAAAUCAAAUAAUACCUUUUGGUUGAUCACAACUUUGAGGUAUAAUUAAUAUCUUUGAACAAUCUUUUUUUUUUUUAUCACGCAGGAAUGUUUGUUUACCAAAAACUUCUCUGAAACAGCUCUUCGAGUGGUCUGGGUUGGUACUUUAAGAAUAGCUGGUUGUGUAAACUGUUGCAAGCGGUGGUACUUCACUUUCAAUGGCGCCGAAUGCUCAGGUCCACUCCCCAUCGACGGUGUUGUCUACUUAAGCAUCAAAAAUGAAAAUCCUCACCGGGUCCGUCAACUCGAGGGACACUGUAACAACAUUCACCAGGGGAGGGUGCGAGUUGGAUUUAGCGUCGGUAACUGUGUCGGAUAUUCCGGAAGCGUCGACGCAUACACAGGUUGGAAUUCCGUCUCCCGCAUCAUAAUCGAAGAAGUUCCCAAGGCUCAGACUUAG